AUGAUCGCCUCACGGGAUCGACAAAAGAGUUAUGUUGAUCCUAAGCGCAGGCACAUUGAGUUCCAAGUAGGACAUCAUGUAUUUCUAGGUGUUUUGCCUAUGAAAGGAAUUAAGAGAUUUGGCAAGAAAGGAAUGUUAAGUCCUCGAUUUGUUGGACCAUUUGAAAUUUUAGAGAGAAUUGGGGAAGUUUCUUAUAGGUUAUCCAUGCCUUUAGCUUUUUCAGGAGUGCACAACAUUUUUCAUGUGUCCAUGUUACGCAAGUAUGUUUUAGACCCGUCUUACAUUCUUAGUUAUGAGGCAUUAGAUAUGCAACCAGACCUAUCAUAUGAAGAAAAGCCAGUAAAGAUUCUUGAUAAGAAGGAAAAAGCAUUAAGAAAUAAGACGAUCAGGUUAGUCAAGGUUCUUUGGAAAAACGGUUCUACCCAAGACGCAACGUGGGACUUGGAAACCGAUAUGAGGGAACAAUACCCAGAAUUGUUCAGGUAA